ACUUCUUUCGACUAAGGGGAGUGGAAUGUAGCUGGCUAAAUGAGGGGAGUGCCUGGCUUUUGACUUCACCAAGUUACCUGGGCUAUGAAGGCAUAAACCCACUAAACGUUCACAACACAUUUGGAGAACGACAUGUUUAUGUCCUUCAAACAGGAGUUGAUGAAGAUGCUUCGAAGCCAGAACAAUCCGGUUACUAUGUCUGCAGCAUAUCAGGGUCUACUCAUCCAGCGAUGGUACCGCUGGAAUCACGAGUACUGCCCACAAUUCGCCUCAAUCUGCUCACUGCCGAUAGAAAACUCAAACUAACGGCGAUAUCCAGAGCUGUUCAAUCCGAUUCCUCGACUGAAACGAAGAUGUUACCAAGUCGCAAUCCAACUCAACAAAUCAAUAGCACUGGCCUCGGAGUUGCAUGGCAAAAGGAGAGCUCAUUAGAUCGAAAAGCAAGGAGACGAGUAGACUCUUUCUUACACCAAAAGGCAGAGGAGAUAGGU